AUGAAAAUUGCAGAAGUAUGGUCAAACCUAGGAUCAAUCAUGGCUAGCAUAAUGUUUGUCUAUGCCAUGUUUGAUAAAUUCUUCCCACCUCAUCUUCGUAGAUAUUUUCUUAAACACACAAACAAAUUCACAAGCCUCAUGUACCCUUACAUCCAUAUAACUUUCCAUGAAUUAUCUGGUGAUCAUCUUAAACGUAGCAAAACCUACACAACCAUCCAAACAUAUCUCAGCGCGAACUCGACGCAAAGAGUUAGAAGACUUAAAGCCGAAGUUAUCGAAGAUAGCCAAAAUCCAUUAGUCCUAUCCAUGGAAGAUAACCAAGAAAUCACAGAUGAGUUCAAUGGAAUCAAAGUUUGGUGGUCUGCGAAUCAUACCACCUCAAAAACACAGUCGUUUUCGUUUUACCCUACUUCGGAUGAGAAAAGAUUCUUAACAUUAACGUUUCACAAAAGAAAUCGCGAUGUUAUAACUACCUCGUACAUUCAACAUGUGUUGGAAGAAGGAAAGGCGAUUACAAUAAAGAAUAGGCAGUUAAAGCUUUACACCAACAAUCCAAGCAAGGAUUGGAUGAGGUAUAUGAGUGCAAAGUGGAGUCAUACAACUUUUGAGCAUCCCGCGAGAUUUGAAACACUUGCUAUGGAGCCGGAGAAGAAAGAAGAGAUCAUAAACGAUCUUCUCAAGUUCAAAGAAGGGAAAGAGUACUAUACUAAAGUUGGAAAGGCUUGGAAGCGUGGUUAUUUACUUUUCGGUCCUCCGGGGACUGGAAAAUCUACGAUGAUAUCGGCUAUUGCUAAUUUCAUGAACUACGAUGUGUAUGAUCUUGAGUUAACAAUCGUUAAGGAUAACAAUGAGUUGAAGAGACUCUUAAUUGAGACGUCGAGCAAGUCAAUUAUAGUGAUUGAAGAUAUUGAUUGUUCUUUGGAUCUUACUGGCCAAAGGAAGAUGAAAAAGGAGAUAGAUGAUGAAGAAAAUGAAGAAAAAAAGAAACUUAUGAGUAAAGCUAAAGGAGAAGAGAAAAAUGAAAGUAAGUUAACUCUUUCGGGUUUGUUGAAUUUUAUUGAUGGAAUUUGGUCGGCGUGUGGAGGGGAGAGGAUCAUAAUUUUUACGACGAAUUUUGUUGAUAAACUUGAUCCUGCUCUCAUUAGGAGAGGAAGGAUGGAUAAGCACAUAGAGAUGUCAUAUUGUAGCUAUGAAGCUUUCAAGGUUCUUGCAAGGAAUUACUUAGAUGUUGAGUCUCAUGAUGAGUUGUUUCCGGUUAUUGGAAAUUUGUUGGGAGAGACUAAUAUGACACCUGCUGAUGUUGCUGAGAAUUUGAUGCCAAAGUCUAUUACAGAAGAUUUUGAAACUUGUUUGAAGAAAUUGAUUCAAUCUCUUGAGGAAGCAAAGAAAAAGUUAGAGGAGGAGGAAGCAAAGAAAAAGGAUGAGGAGGAGGAAGCAAAGAAAAAGGAAGAGAAAGAUAAACAAGAAUUUGCUCAAGAGGAAGAAAAUGUGAAGGAUGAUGAAAAUUCUAAGGAAAAUGUAAAGGAGAAUGGUUUCAACCAUUAA